AACGCACCACAAAUACCAGACAUGCCUACCUAACGUCAUUUUCGAUUUAAUUCACAGGCAUACACAUUCGUUCAUCAUGAAAGAAUAUGAAAUAUGGGAUUCCCUUAUCUUUGUGCACGUUUCCAGCAGCAUGCCCCAGUCAAGGUGUGUGUGUGGCUGAGCUUUUUAUUUAUUUAACCUUUAUUUAACUAGGCAAGUCAGUUAAGAACAAAUUCUUAUUUACAAUGACGGCCUACCAAAAGUCAAAAGGCCUCCUGCGGGGACGGGGCCUGGGAUUAAAAAAAUUAAAUAAAGACAAUAUAAGACAACAGCAUAGCAAGGCAGAAACACAUGACAACACAACAUAGUACAAACAUUAUUGGCCACAGUCAACAGCACAAAGUUCAAGAAGGUAGAGACAACAAUACAGCACACAAAACAGCCACAGUGCACAUAAAACUGCACAGAGCUAGGGGGACCCAGUGAGAGGCAUGACAUUAUAGUCAUAAGGUUUGUUCCUGGCUGGACCACGACGUGCCGAAUAGCACGUCUCAUUUCUUGCCUGACGACUCAUCCUGAAUUUAAUUCCGCUUCACCGAGAGGAAACGUUAGUGGGCGUGGCGUUUGGCCGGAGCGAUGUGGAUGGGUAGCUAGGCAAUCUCAUUUCGGCCAUGAGCGACAAAACACACAACUUCCUUUCUCAGUUUUUUUUAAAUACCGAAACAGAGUUGGGUGGCCACUUUGUUAUUGUUUCAAGAAGGACUAGCUUUGAGAGUAUAUUCUAGAUACCUGUAAAUAAUUUACAUCAUGUAAAUUUGUAGGCCUAUGUAAAGGACGUCUCGCCGCUUGCGAGUACCACUGCCACCGAGAAGCGACAGUCGAUGCCACUCGAAAAGCUAACUAUUCGCUGGCGCAAGUGGGGACAGUUCAGGCUGAAGAGUUUCACACAUCGCCAUGUGCUACACCUACUGUAGCCAAGAUAUGAAGCAUUGGCCAAUCUGAAUCAGUGCUUGACUUGGGUAGGAGCUCCAGCAUCUGAAAUGUUCUACUGCUUGAGCUCCUGUUAAUAUUAUAGAAUGUUAGCUCAAACGUGUCGUGGAGCUCCUGCACCUAAAUAUAAACAGUACUGCUACCUAAAUGAGUACCGGAUCCUAUUUCAAUCUAAGUCCAAGCACUGAUCUGAAUCAAAUUCACAUAGACCCAUGCCCACUAUUUUAUAGCCUUACGUUAUAGUAUGCAUAUUAUAAUACUGUUAUAAUGGGCUAUUUUAGAUUAUAUUGUAUAUGACAUCUUACUAUAGAUUACAGAAAUGAGUCUUAAUUAUAGAUAUUGAAUGAAAUAGUCAGCAACAUAGUGGACACCAUGCUGUAAAUCACGAAUUGUAACAAGCAGCAAAUCCAGGGCUCGAAAUUGUUACAUUUUCUUAGAUAACAUGGAAAUUAGCAACAACCUGUAAACUGCAAUUUGUUUUCUCACGCCCCCUCCCAUUUCCCCUCUUCGUUUCCUCUACGUCACUUCUGAGCGCCCUGUUGUAGCGGAGUUGUCAUGGCAACGACGUUCUAUCCAAACACUUCGUGGGCCAAGUACAUCUUUGACUUUGUUUGGGGCGGUUUCCUGUUAGCUGCAAAACUGUAAUUCAUUUUUAAUGACUAUUCUAUGUCACUGCCUAUUAAGUUGGAUGUAAAACCCCCAGGGAGCAAAUGCUUGUAUGGUAUUGCUGAGGAAAAUGUCGAACUCGACCCCCUUUAAUGAUUUCACCAUGAAAGGCUCAUCUUAGAAUGGACAAAUUCAAGGAAUGGGAUCAGGCGCCUGUAGAAGUGGCUGAAGACAGAAGUGUGGCAGUUGAGUACACAGGAUGGAACCAGAGCUGCCAACUACCCAACAGAGGCCAUGUCGAUGCCCUUUUGGAUAUCAGCGAUGAUACCUCAUCCAAAGAGCAGGAGCCAUUUGAGUUUCUCUGUCUCUCCGGAUGGGAGGAAGCUAUCCGGGGCUGGGGCAGAACUACUCCACUUGGUUGCCUGGUUCAGACCCAGCGGAGAGGAAAGAGGGUCAAGACUGGAGACACAGACCACCACUGCCACCUGUGUGUGGACCUCGUGAAGCUCUCCGACCCCCCUGACUCUGAAUCCAGCUUAACCCACCUACCUGAGUCCUUCUGGGAUUCCACCCUGGACCCAUGGGAGAAAACCUCCCUCACAACCCUGGGAGACUUCCUGAACAGACCCUACAGUCACACCUCUAGCAUCUCUUCAGAGGAGUCCCCACCAGAGUCCUUCAGGGACCUUCAGAAAGCCACACAGCAACUGACACUCCGAGACAAGAUGGUGGAGGACAACGCUGAGGUGUGUGAGAUCAGUGACUCACUGCUGGGCUCGGCCCCCUCCCAGGGUCACCACCACUCAGCCUCAGAGUGUCCCAUGACGCUGAUCAUCAACAGCUUCGCCGUCCUACCGCCCGUGAAGGCCUCCCAGCCCAGACACCCUAAGGUCACCAGCCAGCUCCGGAGGGGGGAGGCUGGACCGGGACGCAGCGCCUCAGACGGGGAGACCGCAGAGGCUGGGUCAGACGGUGUCACACCUGCCGGGGAGAGCGGAGGUGGUGUGGAGAGCCAGCAGAGCCGCCACCUGUUGUCUGCUUUCAGCAUCCCUGUCCCCAAGAAAUGUGACAUGCCCCUCAGCACACUGUCAGAUCCUCUACCCCGCGCCACCUACCCCCUGGACAGACACCUCAGACAGGAUCCCCGGACCAGCAGUGCUCACAGACUCUACUUUGGACUGAAGACCAAGAGCCUGAAGCGUGCAGAGCCCCAGCUGCCCAUUCUGAUUGGAACCAGGGUGCCCAUCCCAGCCUCUGCACAGAGACUACUCUGAACAGACUGUUACUUUGCACUCCAUACUCUCUCCCAACCCAAAAGCUCAGCCUUUGUGGGUUUGUGAUUAAAAAGAAACUUUCUGUGGAAUUUCUUCAUAUUUUUAUGACACUGAUGACUGUAUUAAAAAAAAAAGCUGUGACGAAUUAAACUGGGUCGUAUUAAACUACAUGGAAUUGACAUGAGUUUACAGAUUUGUUAGUUCUGUCAUUUAUAGGCUAUACCACCUCAGCCUCAUCGUAUAACCAGUUUAUUAAUGCGUUACAUGCGUAUCAAAAGGUAGAAUUUGGUCCAUCAUCACUGUGAUAAUAUGCCAUCAAUCUAGCAUCAGCAAUGCAAAGUAGUCCAGAUUGCUAGAAUACAUUGUAUGCUAAUUUGUUACCACUGAUUAUUCAGUGAAAUAAUUUAACUGUUACAUGAGCCUUCCUUAAUUACAAACACUCCACGCACCUGGAUAUGAGAGAAUUAUUUUAAAUGGAGUGAUAAAUGUAUGCAUGUGCUUUUAUUGUGGUGCUCACACUUGAGCUUUUAGUUACUCAGCAACUAUGCUACCUACUCUACAAUGCUGAGGUCUAGGUCGGUUUCUUGGAUUCCUGAAUGUUACACUGCAGACAUGUCAGAACUCCUUAAGACAAAACAUGAUCUGAGCCAUUGCCAAAGCAUGCUAGUGCACUCUAAUGGAAUGAGCAGUCAGUGAUUGUAGUGUUCCAACCCAUGUGAAGAUGUCAUUGGUAGCCUAUUGAAUUACAUGCUAGAAGUGAACCACACUGUGAUUCUGAGGGACUGUGACAGCAUAGGUGUGUGGGCGGAGGGAUAAGUAUCAUAUUCCAAAUGACUUACACAAUUACAAUAUUGUAUUCAAACAGACUGAGCAUAAUACAUGUACAUAGUAAACUAACUUGUACUGCCACACAACCCAGGUGAAAACUGUGACUGACAUUUACCGAAAAAGAGCACGUUGAGUGUGUACAAUAUUGAGUAUGGUGUUGUAAGUCAAAAGUAGUGUGUGCUUUAACCUGUAACAAAAUAUCUGACUUGGCUUUAUACAG